AUGGCGCAGCUGCUCCACCUCUCCGGCGUCACAGGCUCCCCCUCCAGCUCGGGUGGCAACCGGUUUCUUCUUCCCGCUCAGGCGCCCUCCUUCCCGGCCGCCGCCGCGUCCUUCCCUGCCGCUUCCCCUUCUCCAAGCUUCUCUCUCUCCCACCCCUUGCUUCCGGCCAGAUCCUCCGUUCCCGGCCGGAGCUCCUUCGCCGCCGAUCUCGCCGGCGGCGGCGGUGGCGGUGGCGUCAACAACAACGGCAGAGGCGGAUCGGGGGCCGGCGGCGGUGGCGGCGAUGGGAGUUCCGGCGGCCCCAGACGACCGGAUCCGCCGGCGGAUCUCGGUCCUCUGGGGAUCUUCGUCGAGGGAUGGAGAUCUAGGGUUUCUGCGGAUCCGCAGUUCCCCUUCAAGGUCCUCAUGGAGGAGAUCGUAGGCGUCAGCUCAUGCGUGCUGGGAGACAUGGCCUCCCGCCCCAACUUCGGCCUCAACGAGCUCGACUUCGUCUUCUCCACCCUCGUCGUCGGCUCCAUCCUCAACUUCGUCCUCAUGUACCUCCUCGCCCCCACGGCAGCGACCAGCGGCGCUGCUGCUGCCCUGCCGGGGCUCUUCGCCUCCUGCCCGCCGGGGCACAUGUUCCAGCCGGGGGCCUACUCCAUGAUCGACCGGCUGGGGACCUUCGUCUUCAAGGGAUCCACCUUCUCCUGCGUCGGAUUCGCAGCGGGGCUCGCCGGCACCGCCAUCUCCAAUGGCCUGAUCGCGCUGAGGAAGAAGAUGGACGCGGCCUUCGAGACCCCCAACAAGCCGCCGCCGACGGUGCUGAACGCUCUGACGUGGGCGAUCCACAUGGGGCUGAGCAGCAACCUCCGGUACCAGACCCUCAACGGCGCCGAGUUCCUCAUGGGGGGAGCGCUGCCGCCGGCGGCGUUCAAGGGCUCCGUCGUGGUGCUGCGCUGCCUCAACAAUAUCCUCGGCGGCGUCUCCUUCGUCACCCUCGCGAGGUUGACGGGUUCCCAGAAGGCGGAGGAAAACCAGGCGUUCGCCGGGGAGGAAGAAGACGACGCGACGACGGUGAAGCUCCUCCCAAAGCGGGUCCGCACCGCCGAACCAGUGGCGCAGGCGGCGGAGUCUGCUGCCGACUUCAAGUGA